GGAAUGUUUUGUAAUUGCGAUUAUAACUAAUAAUAUAUUUUUUUCUAUAUUAAUUACCGAUUUAUCAUCCUCGAUGAAAGUAGAAAUAAAUAAGAAUCAAGACAAGAUAUUAUAACAUGAAUAUAAACAAUAAACGGAUGAAUAAUAUGAACGAUGCUCAGAGUUUAAAAAGAGUGAAACGUGAAUGCAGUUAUGGUGAUAAAUGUUAUAGAUUAAAUCCAGCACAUUUUCGAGAAUUCAGCCAUCCGCAUUUGGAAAGCAUACUAAAUACCUAUGAAGGAAACGGUGACUAUGAUAUACCUCAGCAAUAUUCAAUGCAACGGAGUCAGAUUAUCGAACAAUUAAAUGUUAUUGUUGAGAAGAACUUGUAUGAAGGAAAAAUUGGAAAACAAUCAUCUGAUAAUGCACAAUCAAGUACCCAGACCAAUGAGGAAACGCCGAAUACACAAAGUACAAAUGUAACGCAAAUAAAACCACAGAAAUUAAUGGUGACUAAAACUAUUCCACAGAGUAGUGUUACAAUUAAUAGAGAAAAAGUCCAGAAUCAAGAACAAAAAGUUAGAGAUUCUGACUAUAGGCCAAUAGUGCCACCUACUAGAAAAUACUCGGAGUUUUUCAAAGUGAUUCCAGAGAAAAAUAAAAUGGCCGCAAAACAUGACGCCAGCGCACCGUAUUACAUAUUCUAUACCACUAUAACCGAUGCAAAAGAAACACACACACAGCCAUAUUCUAUAUGUUUUCAAGAAAUAUUGGAUUCCAGUCUCGGCGAAUUGAAGUGUUCGCUGCAAAUAAAUUUUAUGGUUGACGUCAGCUGGCUUCUGGCGCAAUAUUAUUUCGCUGGUUACAGUGCCAAAAAGCUAACAAUUCUCUAUGGCGAAGAGUGCCCGGACUUGAAGACUAUAAGCCAAAAGAAACCGCACGUUGACGCCCACUACGUUACCAUGGCAACGCCUUUUGGUAAACACCACACAAAAAUGAUGGUGCUGUGCUACGAAGAUGGCUCGUUGAGGGUGGUUGUGUCAACCGCGAAUCUAUAUGUUGACGACUGGGAGAACAGAACGCAGGGACUCUGGUUUAGUCCGCCUUGUUCCGAAUUACCACCGGACGCAAUGCCGCAUGAUGGAGAGUCUCCAACAAUGUUCAAGAGGACGUUGUUGCGAUAUCUCAACCAUUAUCAUUUGCCGCAACUCGCAUUUUAUAUCGAGAGGGUAAAGCGAUGCGACUUCUCACACAUCAAUGUAUUUUUGAUUGCAUCAGCCCCGGGUGCUCAUUUUGAUGUCGAUUGGGGCAUGACCCGUGUUGGGUCCCUAUUGCGUCAACACUGUUGUAUUCCACCAUCUGAGAACAGCCACUGGCCUUUACUGGCACAAGCCAGCAGUAUAGGAAGCUAUGGGAAGGAACCUAAGUUAUGGCUAACGGGAGAUUUUCUUCAUCAAUUCACAAAAAUUAAGGACCAAUCGCAAAUGCUCUCUUCGCCAGCUGGGUUGAAGCUUAUUUAUCCAUCUCUAGAAAACGUGAAACAGUCUCACGACGGUCUACUGGGUGGUGGAUGCCUUCCAUACGCCGCAAGCGCACACGCCAAACAACCUUGGCUAAACCAAUUUCUAUACCAAUGGAAAGCGACACAUACAAAUCGCAAUAGAGCGAUGCCGCAUAUAAAAUCCUACACCCGUGUAUCACCUGAUAACAAAAUGGCCGCCUACUACCUCCUCACAUCCGGGAACAUCAGCAAGGCUGCCUGGGGCUCCAUAAAUAAAGGGAAUAAGGCACUGAGGAUUAUGAGUUAUGAGGCUGGCGUGUUGCUGCUUCCAAGAUUUGUGAUAAAUGAAGACAUGUUUCCUCUCAGUGAUAAAACGCAUCCUUUAAUAAUUCCAUACGACAUACCCCCCAUUAAAUACACGAGCGAUAUGUCUCCAUGGGUAUCUGAUUAUUUACAUUGAUUUUCUACUAAGCUGUGCUGUGCCCAGAGGCAAUUUAAUUGUUAUGUCAACGUCAACGUCAAAAUCAUUUAUUCACAUAUGUACACAUAAACGUCAAUAAAGAAAUACGUAUUGAAUGCUUUUAAUUUGACAUUUACUGCCAGUUCUCAAUGGCGUAGAACGGAAGUGAGGAACUGGCAAUAAAUGCUCCGCCAUUAUCUUUAAUCGCCAUGUCAAUAAUUAUUUGGUAUCAGUAUAUUUAUUUAGUGUGUUUUGUUAAUAGUUUCCUAGUAAUUUUAGAACUUAUCAUUUGAGUUUCAUAAUAACAAUAAAAAAAAGAAUUUUAUAAAAGGAAUACAUAAAAGGUUGGGGAAACGCUGCUGUAGACGCUUUUCCAGAGGUUCUAGCGAAUCCCGCUAAGAGAUUCCAAGUGCCUUUAACGCUCCGUAUUGUAAAGGACAGAUCAAUACACAUACAGGACCUACCAGAAAAGGGCGUACAAAUUCUUAAGGAGCGUACGGAUAGCCCGUUCCUGUGUUACGCGUAUUUGGGAAACACUGUCCACGCAUACAUUGGAUACGCGUACAGCUCCUUUACGGAUCGCCGCGAACCUGUACGCGAGGUCAAUCGAUCCAGAGCGCUCCGCGAGUCCCAGUCAUUCGCCAUGACUCCGACAAAGUUAGCGGUUGCGUGCGUGGGUUUUAAUUCACCUAUUGGAAUUUUCAGUUUAUUCGAAAUUGCCUUCCAUGCAUCUUGGCGUAAAUCGUUAUUUCGAUAAUCAACUAGCAACUCCCACAAGACCCGGUGAAAUUCAUAAAGUUGACUCAGUCUGAUAAUAGUUUCAUUAUUAAAACUCGAAGAACACGCGUGUUUAUUAAUUUUGCCGUCCAAAUGUGGCGUAGCCGGCCCCGUGCGUCCUCUUUGACGCGCGACAAAAAACCGACUGACGAUCGGCUCGCGCGGUACGCGUACCCCACGAGUGAACGCGUAUCUGCAGGUAUGAACUAGGCGUUCCGAAUACGCGUACCAGGGUACGCGCAAUCCGUACGCACCUUUAAAAGUCCGGCAACUUGCGAGUCAUCUGGCAAUUUGAGUCUAUGGCCAGCAUCACUUAACAUCAGGUAAGCCUCCAACUCGUUUUCCCCGUUUUUUAUGUGCCAUAAUUUUGUACUUAUAAUAAACCUAUUCAAACUUUGAUAAAUAUAUAUCUUAACGGUUUAUUUCUAUCUUUUUAUAUUUGUUUUGCGUUUUCUUAGUUUCUUUUCUAGUCUAGAAGAUAUCGCUUGUUAUACGUCAGUUGUUUUGUUGGUGUGUAUGUUAAUAAAAAAAUAUUCCAUUGGUGAGAACGUUCCCCGUGCCAAAUUUUAGUCAAAAUUUAAAUUUUGACAUACACGAGUCUUAAUCUAAAUCUGACAAGAGGAACACACUAAAACAUUAUUGUA